AUCAAGACGGAGGACUUCAGCACCAGCUGAGGUGUGAACGGCUGUCGGAGUCAUUGCCUCAGAGAUCCGGAGCCCGGCGCGGAUUCGCAGAGACACCGAGACAUUCAAACGAGCUACAGGCACCAUGUCGGAGCCGUCAGGGGACAUCCCUCAGAUCCCAUGCAGCAGCAAGGUGUGUCGCCGCCUCUUCGGCCCCGUUGAUGAAGAGCAGCUGCGCCGAGACUGUGAUGCGCUAAUGGCGGACUGUUUGCAAGAGGCCCGUGCACGUUGGAACUUCGACUUUGUCACCGAGACACCGCUGGAGGGCAACUAUGCCUGGGAGCCUGUGCAGGGCCUUGGCCUGCCGAAGUUCUACCUGCCUCCAGGGCCUCGGGGGGCCUGGGACGACCUGGGAGGGGGCAAGCGGCCCUGCACCUCAACUGUCUUGCUUCAGGGGAUGGCCCAAGGGGACCACGUGGACCUAUCGCUGUCCUGUACCCUCGUGCCUCAUUCCCCUGAGCGGCCUGAAGUGUCCCCAGGUGGGCCUGGUGCACCUCGGGGCCGGAAGCGGGGACAGACCAGCAUGACAGAUUUCUACCACUCCAAACGUCGGCUGGUCUUCUCCAAGAGGAAGCCUUAACUCACCCACAGAGGCAUGGCGUUCCUGGAACCAGGGGGCCCCCAUGGCCCCUUCCACGUCCUUUGACUUACCGUAUUUUACGCAAAUAGCAUGCACGUUGUAUGAUUUUUUACCAACCGUGCAAUCCCCUCGCACAUUAUUUUCCUAGGCACACCGUGCGCAUUACGUGUGUGGGUGCAUUAUUUAUGUGGGUGUGUUAUUUGCGAAAAUGCGGUAGUCCUUCAGUUUGUGUGUCUUAAUUAUUAUUUGUGUUUUAAUUUAAACUCCUCCUCAUGUAUAUACCCUGAUUCCCACCCCCACCCCCAGCCACUGGCAUUAGAAUUAUUUAAGAAAAUAAGUAGACAGCAGAAUGGUAGGCCCGUCAGAGCGCCAGGUAUUUUUUAUUAUAUGAAUCCUUAUUUAAAACUUCCUCAUCCUAUGCUCUUCAUGUCUUCUCUUCUGGAGGUAAGGGGGGACUGGCUUCAUGCCAGCUGCUUCUUCCUUCACCCUCACCUCUGGAGGGGCAUGGCUCCCCCCACUCACUGUCUCAUGGGUGUUAUGAAAUUCCACCCAUCUCCUGAAUUCUGAGACCUAAAUCCUUUAUCAUUUGAGAAGUAAACAGAUAGCACUUUUAAGAGGCCCAGAAGAAUGGAGCAUCAUCAGAAACUUUGGGGUCUCCUUACCUCCUCUAAGGUUGGGAAGGGUAAACUUGAAGUGGCACAGCCUAGGAACAGGGCUAGGGACUUGGCACCCUCCUGGCCCAUGAUAACCUACUCUGUCCUGGGAAGGCAGCAGGAAGGUAGGGUCCUGUAGCAAACCACCCUCAUUUCCCCACAGGCCCCCUCUGCCCUCUCCAGGGGGGCCAGCCUCAAUGUUUGAUCCCCAAACCUGCUGGCUCCCCCAGCCUUUUUUUAGGAGCCCCAGCUCUUUUCCCGCUGGUCUCUCAAGUCCCUUUCUGCUCCUCUCCCCUCCUUCUAUUCUUUCCCUCUAGUACCCUCCCGGCUCUGGGUGGCAGUUCCAGGAUGCCUGCUCUCCUCAUCUCAGUGGACUGGAUGGGGAAGGGGCACAUUUGAAGAAGGGAUUCCAAGUUCUAACUCAAGCAGCUCAAGCAGCGACCAUCUCCUCUUUUAGCUCGGGGGGUGGGGACCCUAGGUGGUUGGACAGGCCUCCUUGAGCAAGGAUCUCUCUCUGUUAAGAGUAUGUGUAUGAGGGGGCACAGGAGCAGGUUAACCAGUAAACAUGGUACGCACGGGCUUACAGUAAGCGGGGUACACAUGGGCUUACUUGUGUUAAUUUACUAAUCUGUAGUGCACAAUUUACAUGGGUUUCACCACAUCUUUGAAAUUGUGCACUACAGA